AUGAAGAAGCCUGAUGCACAGGAGGCAGAAGGACAACAAACCAGAUCAGCUGCAGGACGGGCAACUAUGUCUGCAAACUUCACAAAGAAGAAAGCUUCCCAGAAGAAGCAGAGGGGCAGACCUUCAUCCCAGCACCAUGAAAACAUUGUGGGCUGCAGGAAUUCUCAUGGAUGGAAGGAAGGAGAUGAGCCCAUCACCUAGUGGAAUCUCUGCAUCAUGCCAGAGUCCAGUGAGUCUCCUCCAGCACACAGCAAGCCGGGAGUUGUAGGUGGUCUGAUAGACGAGCAUGUGGAAUAUACCAAAGAAGAUGGCUCCCAAAGGAUUGGCAUGGUCAUUCACCAAGUUGAAGCCAAACCUUCUGUGUAUUUCAUCAAGUUUAAUGAUGAUUUCCAUAUCUAUGUCUAUGAUUUGGUGAAAAAGUCCUAA